AUGCCAAGGGGACUAUCCGUGAGAUCGUGCUGCCGCGGGGCUUGGACCUGGACCGGCCGAAACGUAGCCGGACCUCCUUCACGGCCGAGCAGCUGUACCGGCUGGAGAUGGACUUCCAGCGAUGUCAGUACAUGGUGGGCCGUGAGCGGACCGAGCUGGCCAGGCAACUCAACCUGUCCGAGACGCAGGUAAAGGUGUGGUUCCAAAACCGUCGGACCAAGCAGAAGAAGGACCGGAGUCGGGAGAGCGAGGGUGGAUCGCCGGGAACGUCGGAGGCCGCCGCCACCUGCAACAUUCUCCGGCUGCUGGAGGAGAGGAGGCUGCUCCCAAUGUCCACCUCCGUCUGCCCUCUGACCCAGGGGCCGGGCCCUCUGACCCAGGGACUAGGCCCGUUAUCCCACGCAACAGGCCUUCUCUCCCACGGAACCUCCCCCCCCUACUCCCAAGGAACGGAUCCAUUAUCCCAGGGCCUAGGCCCGUUACCCCAGGCAACAGGCCCUUUGGCCCAGGGGUCAGGCCCUCUGACCCAUGAGUCGGGACCGCUGACCCAGGGGACAGGCCCAUUGUUCAUGGAGCUAGGUUUGUUACGCCAGGAUACAGGCCCACAGAGCCAGGGAUUAGGCCCGUUGUCCCAAGAAACAGACCGGGCCUGCUCCCUGGCCUCCACCCUCUUGUCCCAGGCAACGGGCCCUCUCUCCCAGGCAACGGGCCCUCUAUCCCAGGCAACCGGCUCUUUAUCUCAAAGGGUAGGCCCGUUAUCCCAGGGACUAGGCCCGUUGCCCCAAGAAACAGACCGGGCCUGUUCCCAGGCCUCAGCCUCGUUGUCCCAGAUCACAGGCCCUCUGUCGCAGCAAGGAUUAGGGCCGAUAUCCCAGGGAUUGGGCCCUCUAUCCCAAGGCUCAGGCCCUCUGACCCAGGGACUAGGCCCGUUGCCCCAGACAACCGGCCCUCUAACGCAGGCCGACCAAGCCUGCGGCCUAGAUGCUCCCAUCAGCGCCUCUCCCGGCCCCUCCGCUGCACCCCCGACCCCCUCCCCUCCCCGCCGGCUGGGUGGUCCCUGCGGCCCCCUCCCCCACGGGCCCUCUCCCGGGUAUGGCUCAGGAACCUCGGCCUUCGAGCCCUACGCCCGGGCGGAGAGGAGGGACGGCCUUCCAGAGAAGACAUUUUGGACUAACUCUGCUCCUAUGACAUGGACGGACUUAUUUGGCUCAACUCAGGAAGUCACGGCUCAGUCACCACCUUACUGA